AGCACCAUGGUGAUGAUGCAGCAGGUCAGAACCUGGAGAAGGGGUUUAGGUUUAUCCUUUUGUGAAACACUCAGCACCCUCCAUCAACAUCUGUCGGGUUCCAUUUAAAAGCAGGUGAAUAUUUGCUUCAUAAAUUCAGCUGGUCUUUGUUUCUGUGUAAACAUCUGGAACUCUGUAAAGAGAAAACAAACAGCACACAGUCCCAUGUCCCACACUGAAAAUCGCUCAACACACAGCUACGGUUAGAAGAAAAAUGUUGAAGAUCUGCCACCUUUUGAACAUCUGGAUGUAAACAUUUUGAACAUCUGGAUAAGUUUUGGGUAGCAGCUUCUGUUACUCAUGACUUUAAAUAUGUUGGAAUAUCAGGGUUCUUAUGUUGUGGGUUCUCCAUCAUCAUCACCUUCUACAGUAACUGAUCAUUAUCCAUCAGAACAUUACAGAUGUUUGUGUCAUGUGUCUUAAAGUUCUGUGGUGCUUUAAACCCAACAUUAAAACAAAUUUCCAAACCUUCAUCUUAUGGACAGAUGUUCAGUCUGAACAACAAAAACAAACAAACACAAUCAAAUAUGAUACAUGACGUGUUUUAGAAAUGGAUUCAAAACAGCUUUUCAGACUCACUUGGACCAAUCUGACGUCAUGUGGUUUUUCUCUGGAACAUCUGGAUGUGCAAGCAAAUGUCACACACACGCUUUACACAACAACUUGAACAUCAAAUCCUUGUUCCAAAUGUAGACUGAAGUUUGGCAGCUUUUUAUUUUAACAAUUAGACCAAAAAAUAUAUAUUAGGGUCAAAAUAUUUACCUCAUUUAUCGACCUGAUCAUAUGUCCAGCAGGAUUUCUUCACCUCCUUUCAUUCAGGUCAAAACACGUGAAAAUCUGUUCUGUUGUGUUAGUUUUUCCAUUUUUUUAAACAUUUCUAAACAGACAUGGACAGAUGAAAGACGGAUUAUGUAGCAAAACCCUGAUGGAUAAAAGUUGAUGGGUUUUUUACAUUUUUUUUAUUUGGAGUGAAGGAGAACAAACUGAAGAUCUGGAUGUGAAUUCAGAGCAGAACUCUAAUAAACCCUUACAAACGAGCUGAAUAAUCCCGAGUGGUCUGGCCAUGACCUUACACCAAAGUGCCAAAACCUUGCCAAAAAGACACGGCCUAUUAAAGUGUUUCUGUAGCAGCAGCCAAAAUCAGGAUCGUUUAAACUCUGAUCAGCAGCAAACAAAAUUCCUCACACAGAACAUAACGGAAAGCGAAGUGUGUGUCACAGGUUAGCCAGCGGUGACCAGAGUCCUCCAAAAACCGACCCCAUUUCCUCCCAGAGGAACCUUUUAAAACUUUUAAUUAUUCACAAUCUCAGAGCUUGAAAAAACCAUAACCUUCUCUAUUAAAGGAAAACCUGUGAGCUGCCAAGAUUUAUUUUAUUAUGAAUUUUGAUUGUAAACGUCUUUCAUCACUCUGUUAUAAUGACCUACAAUGUCGUUUGUCUGCCUGCCGAAAGUGGUGGAACUGAAGUGCAUUCUGGGAGUUGACCGUGUGCAGCUUCUUCUAUUGUUUUAUACAUUGUGUGUUCAGGUAAUAUUUUUUACUUCUGAGUCUGCUAGUUGUUCUUUAACAGUUUCACCACAGACCAGUUAACCUCAUCACAAUUUGUGUUUAAAUGGCUUAAAAAAAAAGACAAAAAAAGACAGAGAAAAAACACACAUCCAUGUCAUCAAUAAAGCCUUAACAUCACUAAAUUAGCUAAUCCAAAACUCUGAAGUCAUGUUGUGACAUCACAAAAUGAACUCAUGUAUAGUCCCGCCCCUGAAUCCAUGUAAUCGGUUUAAAAAACGUAAUCCAAUCAUUGAGAAGAAUGAAAAGAGCUUAGCACAUUAGAUUUUACUGGCUAUUACUGACUCAUUGUGUCCAUCCAGUGAGUGUGUGUGUGUGUAGUCUUCUGCUGCCAGGAGACGUGUGUGCACAUGGAUUAGAGCAGCUUUAUUGCUGUAUAUAAAUUACAGCCCUGGAUGUGAUUCAUGUCUCGUCAAAUAGUUUCACAGUAAAAGCUAAGAAAUGUUUAACAGCACCUUCAAGUGUUUGCUCAGCUAACGGUUCUGCUGCCUCUUUGUUCUGUCUUUGCUCCGCUGAUCCGUAACAGGCCUUUAGUGAGACGUCAAUCAUGUGAGAUUGUGUAGUGUUGUGAAGCGUACAGUCUGGUCUGUGUAAGACAAACAGAACUUUAUCUCACUCUUCAUGAAGCCACAUCAGGUGUAACUUAUAAACAAUUUGUGUGUGUGAGUGAGAGGGAGUGUGUGUAUGCGUGUUUGUGUGUUUGUGUGUGUGUGUGUGUGUGUGUGUGUGUGUGUGUGUAUGUGUGUGUGCAUGCAUAAUGGGUCAAGAGGUUAUACUUUUUCUUUGGCAGUAAAAUGUGACCUGCUAAUACAUUGCUGUCCAAUCAGCUGUUUGGGAACCCUGUCUAAUCCCGCCCCUUUUCCCUUGUCUAUUUUUUUUGGGGGGAGUGUAUAAAUGAGUUGGAGGGGAGCGGCGUUCAGCAGAGAGAAGGACUUUACCAGGCCAGGACACAAUCUGAUGAUGUUUGUUGAUAAUUUAAUGAAGAAGGAGGUUUCUCUCUGCGUCUGUGCACAGGUUCUGUUAUUCUGUGCAGUGAUGUGUGUGAGACAGAGAGGAGAACCGUGUUCACGCACAGAACCAUGUCAGAAGGAGCUGCGUUGUCACUACAUGGGAGGAAGCAGGAACAGGACCGGAGUUUGUGAUGCUCCUGAUGCAGAGCCCUGUGCAAUGGGCAGCUCUGUGUACCACAGCGGCGAGACGUUCUUCCCGAGCUGCAGUUAUCAGUGUGUGUGUCGCGGUGGGCAGAUCAGCUGUGUCCCUCGCUGUAACCUGGACGUGAUGCUCCCAGGUCCGGACUGUCCAUUCCCACGUAAGGUGCAGGUUCCUGGAGAAUGCUGUGAGAAGUGGGUGUGUGAUGAACAGGCCGAGGUCAGCGUGCUGGGGGGCGUGGCAAUGGCAGCAUACAGACAGGAAGACACGCUGGGCUUCGAUCCCAGCAUGGAGUGUAUAGAGCACACAACUGAGUGGAGUGCGUGUUCUCGGUCAUGUGGGAUGGGAGUGUCCACACGAGUGACCAAUCAGAACCGGCGAUGUGAGAUGGUAAAACAGAGCCGGUUGUGUUUGGUGCGUCCCUGCCACACCCUAAACGAGCAAGAAGAGCAUCAGGAAGUGGGGGCUUGUCUCAGUACGACGCAGAGCCCCAGACCUGUGCACUUCACUUUCAGGAACUGCACGAGUGUGCAGGCAUUUCGUCCUCGGUUCUGUGGCCGGUGUUCAGAUGGUCGCUGCUGUACACCUCACGCCACCAAGACGGCACCUGUGAGGUUUCGCUGCCCGACCGGAGCCACACUCAAGAGACCUGUCAUGUUUAUCCGUACGUGUGCAUGCCACCGUAACUGCCCUGCUGAGGACAGGGUUUCACAGCACGGACCUAAGAUCGGACACUCCGCCUUCCUCACACGCUGAAGUCAUGUGGAGAAACACAGAGAUUCUCUUACUGCUUCCACCGAGGUGAAACCUGACAGGAGCCAGGACCCGAGUAAAAGUUUAAACCACACAGUGUUCACGGCACCAUGAGACAUCAUAAUUCACACAAAUCUUACUAAUCUUAGAGGCUUGCGCGCAGUUAAUCACAGAGAUUUGUUUAAAACAGCACAGACAACAUUCACUCAUACUGUAGCAUCAGUUUUGUGUUAUUUCACUCUGACUGUAAAACAACACUCCACAAACACUUUGUAGCUAUUUUGUUAUUUUAGUUAUUUUCUUUUAUAAACAGCUUUAAAAAAUUAAUAAAGUGAAUCAUUCUUGUCAGUCUCAUCAUUAAACAAAAUAGUGUUGUUUUAUUCAGCUCUCUGCCCUGAAAUUAUGUAAAACACCAUGUGUGCUUUUAAAGUGACAGUUAUUUAGCUCAGCAUCAGUUAUUCUUAAUGAUCCAAAAUAUAACCACAGGAAGAAAAUUUUCUCUCUUUGGUUCUAGAUGUCUAGAUCCAACACCUAAAAGUACUGAAGAGUAAAUUACAUCACAUCACAUCUUUCUAACACAUUGUUCUUCUCAACUCAAUGAGGUUAUUUCUAUCCUCUCAGUAAGCAGGUCUUCUCUGAGCUGGACCACACUGACUCUCUCUAAUCAAUGAGAUGGAAAUCAGAGAGAUGGAAAGAGAAUGAAAUACUUGGACAUGCUGUUCUAAAUUUUCACCAACCUAAUGCUCAGCAGUGUCAGACAAAUUCCUCUGGUGUGUGCAUGUGUGUGAGACCUCUCCCAGGCCCUGGCAUCAUAAAAGAACACCAGUCACGACCAAGUGGAUGCAGUGUGUCAGUGGUCAAAGGUCACGUUCACAGUGGACUGAAAGUUUAAUGAGUUCAUGUUUGAUCUCUCAUCUAUAUGUUUAGAUUUUUUCCACGUACGUUUUUAAAAUACAUAUUGUUAGUGUUGGGUUAUCAGCUUGUGUCAUUACAUUC